GGCCGCGGAGGUGCUUGCAGGGUCGGGAUCUGCGCCUUGUCUGCAACGCCAGCAUCGUCGCGGUCAACGCUCAGGAACCCGGACCUGCACACCACCGCGGCCGCCGCCACCGAAAGACCGGACUUGUCCCUGCGCACCACUGCCCCGCACUCCACUAAGGCUACACGCGUCUUAAUUUCAGCGCGCCAGCAUCCCGUGUCCUUACAUCCGUUUUCCAACGGGUUGGACCACCGGCCACAGCAUGCGCCGGAAAACAGAAAUUUAUUCUGUGGAGCUCAACGGAACUAAAGAUGUCAAGCCGACAGACCAGGAAGAUAACAAAAAGUGGAAGGGAACGAAGAGCAGAGACUCAGAACCCAAUAAAAAUCAUGAGAAAGAAGAGCUUAAGAAAGAACUUGAUCUGGAUGACCACAGGCUCAGCAAUACAGAAUUGGAACAGAAAUAUGGCACAGACAUCAUCCAGGGUCUCUCCAGUAUCAGAGCUACGGAGCUCCUGGCUCGGGAUGGGCCCAAUGCCCUCACCCCUCCCAAGCAAACUCCAGAGAUCAUCAAGUUCCUCAAGCAGAUGGUGGGGGGCUUCUCCAUCCUCCUGUGGAUAGGCGCCAUCUUGUGCUGGGUCGCAUAUGUAAUCCAGUAUGUCAGCAACACCGCAUCCCUAGACAGUGUCUACUUGGGUGCCAUACUAGUCCUGGUCGUUGUCUUAACGGGGAUUUUCGCUUAUUACCAAGAAGCCAAAAGCACCAACAUUAUGGCCAGCUUUAGUAAGAUGAUCCCCCAGCAAGCUCUUGUCAUCCGAGAUUCAGAAAAGAAGAUCAUCCCAGCAGAGCAGCUGGUGGUGGGGGACAUUGUGGAGAUUAAAGGAGGGGACCAGAUCCCUGCAGACAUCAGACUGGUGGCCUCCCAAGGGUGCAAAGUGGAUAACUCCUCUCUCACUGGGGAAUCUGAGCCCCAGGCUCGGUCAACUGAGUUUACCCACGAAAACCCCCUGGAAACUAAGAACAUAGGCUUCUAUUCCACAACAUGCCUGGAAGGUAAGGCCAGCGGACCUCAGGGUGAAAUGUCUCCCUCUCCUGUAGGUACGGCCACUGGCAUUGUCAUCAACACGGGUGACCGCACCAUCAUUGGUCGCAUAGCUUCCUUGGCUUCCGGGGUUGGAAGUGAGAAAACACCCAUUGCCAUCGAGAUCGAGCACUUUGUCCACAUCGUGGCAGGAGUGGCUAUCUCCAUUGGCGUCAUUUUCUUCAUCAUCGCCGUGUGCAUGAAGUAUUACGUCCUCGACGCCAUCAUCUUCCUCAUCAGCAUCAUUGUGGCCAACGUGCCUGAGGGCCUCCUGGCCACUGUCACUGUCACCCUGUCGCUAACAGCAAAGCGGAUGGCUAAGAAGAACUGCCUGGUGAAGAACCUGGAGGCCGUGGAGACCCUCGGCUCCACCUCCAUCAUCUGUUCAGACAAGACGGGGACCCUGACCCAGAACAGGAUGACCGUGGCUCAUCUGUGGUUUGACAACCAGAUCUCUGUGGCCGAUACAAGUGAAAACCAGACAAAACAAGGCUUUGACCAAAGCUCUGGAACCUGGGCUGCUUUGUCCAAGAUAAUAACACUGUGUAACCGAGCAGAGUUCAGACCUGGCCAAGAGAACGUCCCCAUCAUGAAGAGAAUUGUGGUCGGAGAUGCCUCAGAAACUGCUCUUCUAAAAUUCUCAGAGGUUAUUUUGGGUGAUGUGAUGGAAAUUAGAAAAAGAAACCACAAAGUUGCUGAAAUUCCUUUUAAUUCCACCAACAAAUUUCAGGUCUCCAUACACGAGACAGAGGACCCUAACGACAAACGCUACCUCAUGGUGAUGAAGGGGGCCCCCGAGAGGAUCUUAGAGAAGUGCGGCACCAUCAUGAUCAACGGUCAGGAGCAGCCACUGGACAAGAGCUCUGCCGAUGCCUUCCACACGGCCUACAUGGAGCUGGGAGGCCUGGGCGAGCGGGUGUUGGGUUUCUGUCACCUCUACUUGCCAGCAGAGGAGUUCCCCCAAGGCUACCCAUUUGAUGUGGACACCAUAAACUUCCCCACUUCCAACCUCUGCUUUGUGGGCCUUCUGUCCAUGAUCGAUCCCCCUCGGUCCACGGUGCCAGACGCAGUCACCAAGUGUCGGAGUGCAGGGAUCAAGGUUAUUAUGGUCACAGGCGAUCACCCUAUCACAGCCAAAGCUAUUGCCAAGAGUGUAGGAAUCAUAUCAGCCAACAAUGAAACAGUGGAAGACAUCGCAAAACGCCGCAACAUUGCUGUGGAGCAAGUCAACAAAAGAGAAGCUAAAGCCGCCGUGGUGACUGGCAUGGAGCUGAAGGACAUGACCCCAGAGCAACUGGAUGAGCUUUUAACCAACUACCAAGAAAUCGUAUUUGCCAGAACAUCACCCCAGCAGAAGCUGAUCAUUGUGGAGGGCUGCCAGAGGCAGGAUGCAGUUGUCGCUGUGACAGGUGACGGAGUGAAUGACUCUCCAGCCCUAAAGAAGGCAGACAUCGGCAUUGCUAUGGGGAUAGCCGGCUCUGACGCUGCCAAAAAUGCAGCCGACAUGGUCUUGCUAGAUGACAACUUUGCAUCUAUAGUCACGGGGGUGGAGGAAGGUCGCCUGAUCUUUGACAACCUGAAGAAGACCAUUGCGUACACCCUGACGAAGAACAUUGCCGAGCUCUGCCCUUUUUUGAUCUACAUCAUUGCUGGCAUCCCCCUGCCUAUCGGCACCAUCACUAUCCUAUUCAUCGACCUGGGCACGGACAUUAUUCCCUCAAUCGCCUUGGCCUAUGAGAAAGCUGAAAGUGACAUUAUGAACAGGAAACCUCGCCACAAGAAGAAAGACAGACUGGUGAACAAGGAGCUGGCCAUCUACUCUUACUUGCACAUUGGUCUUAUGCAAGCCUUAGGCGGUUUCCUCGUGUAUUUCACCGUCUACGCACAGCAGGGCUUUUGGCCCAACUCUCUCAUCAACCUGAGGGUAGCGUGGGAAACAGAGGAUAUAAAUGACUUGGAAGAUAGCUAUGGGCAGGAAUGGACACGGUAUCAGAGAAAAUACCUGGAAUCGACAGGCUACACGGCUUUCUUUGUCGCCAUCAUGGUCCAACAAAUUGCUGACCUGAUCAUCAGGAAAACCCGGAGGAACUCCAUUUUCCAGCAGGGCCUCUUCAGAAAUAAAGUCAUCUGGGUGGGGAUCGCCUCACAGAUCAUUGUCGCACUGAUCCUGUCCUACGGUCUCGGGAGUGUCAACGCUUUGAGCUUCACCAUGCUCAGGGCUCAGUACUGGUUUGUAGCUGUACCACACGCCAUUUUGAUUUGGGUGUACGAUGAGAUGCGAAAAUUGUUCAUCCGGCUCUACCCUGGAAGCUGGUGGGAUAAGAACAUGUAUUAUUGAGACCACGUCACUCCCAGGUCUCCCGGCGGCGUGUCAGAGGUGUUCUUCACACCUGGCUAGUCCCUAGGAGAUCUCUGCACAAUGUGAACGCUACCAAGCCC